AUGCAGGAGCUCAACGAGAGCAGCUUCGACCCCAUCACCUUCGUCCUGACCGGCAUCCCGGGCCUGGAGGAGUCCCACAUCUGGAUCUCUGUCCCCUUCUGCCUGCUCUACCUGGUGGCCCUGCUGGCCAACACCGUCCUGCUGCUGGCCAUCAGCACCCAGAGCAGCCUGCAGCAGCCCAUGCACCUCCUCUUGGCCAUGCUGGCCCUGGCCGACCUGCUGCUCUCCACCUCCACCGUGCCCAAGAUGCUGGCCCUCUUCUGGUUCAGCUCCAGGGAGAUCUCCUUCGACGCCUGCAUCACCCAGAUGUUCUUCACCCACUUCAGCUUCAUCCUGGAGUCCUCCACCCUGCUGGCCAUGGCCUUCGACCGCUACGUGGCCGUCUGCGAGCCCCUCCGCUACGCCGCCAUCCUCAGCCCCUCCCUGGUGCUCAAGGUGGCCCUCAGCUCCGUCCUCAGGGCCUUCCUCAUCAUGUUCCCCCCGGUCUUCCUCCUCAAGCGGCUGCCCUACUGCGGGCACAAGCUGAUGCCCCACACCUACUGCGAGCACAUGGGCAUCGCGCGCCUGGCCUGCGCCGACAUCCGGGCCAACGUCUGGUACGGGCUGGCCACGGCCCUGCUCUCCUCCGGCCUGGACGUGGUCCUCAUCUCCGUCUCCUACGCCCUGAUCCUCAGGGCGGCCCUGGGGCUGCCCUCCCCCCGGGCGCGGCUCAAGGCGCUGGGCACCUGCGGCUCGCACCUCUGCGCCAUCCUGGCCUUCUACCUCCCCGCCUUCUUCUCCUUCCUGGCCCACCGCUUCGGGCGCCGCGUCCCGGCCGGCCUCCACGUCCUGCUGGCCGACCUCUACGUGGUGCUGCCCCCCGUGCUCAACCCCAUCGUCUACGGCGUGAGGAGCAGGCAGAUCCGCCAGGGCGUCCUCCGCCUCCUCCGGCCCCGGCGGGGGCCCGCGGCUGGGGUGCACUAUUCUGAGAUCUUGGUGGAUCCUUCUAGGUUCCAGGAGAGUCCUUCUCAGGUCUUGGUGGAUUCCUCUAGAUCCUAG